UCAGUUCUGCUCUGGAUGUGUCGACACGGCGAGUCAUUAAACAUGUGUACCGCGGCGUCCUUUGCAGUACCGCUGUAUUAGAAUGAGGUUUCUGUAUAAGGUGUUGUGCGUGCUGGCUGUGGUGGCGAUGGUGGUGCCUCUACUCACCAGACUACCACACGAGCCUCUCACCGCCUCAUUCCACAGCAAGGCAACCACUGAAGAGCCUGAGUUUGCCAUCGUGGUCUGCCGUGAUAAGAAUGACAGUGAAAAGGAUGCAACGGGUUUCCAGAGACAGCUUCGCCAAAUCUCUGUUCUCCUGAAGUCUGCAGCUUCUCUCACCUCCGAAACUCUGAUAUUCAACAUCGUGGCGGAUUCCUACGCGACGUACGAGACAGUGACGAACCUCACCGCGAGCUGGCCCGCCGCCUACAGAGAACGCGUAGUGUUCGAUGAGUUCAAGGAAGUGUUCUACCCGCCCGGUGCUGAGGACAUGAUGAACAUGUUUCGGCUGUGCGCCACGGAGAGGUUGUUUCUGGCGCAGACCUUCGAGGACAAGGACGCCGUGGUGUUCCUGGACACGGACACACUCUUCCUCAUGCCCCCCGAGAACCUCUGGCGUAAAGUGUACGAAUUCAACCCCCACCAGGUCAUUGGCAUCGCGCCCUGCCUCUACAUGUAUGGCCCGAGAUUCAAGAAAUUCCCCACGUACGGGUCGAGUGGCCUCAACGCUGGAGUGCUCGUGAUGAACCUAACCAGGUUGCGGGCCUUCGAAGGCGGCUGGACAGAAAACAUUAUGCAUAUCUUGGACAAGUACAAGACCAAGCUGAGUCUCGCAGACCAGGACAUCCUCAACAUUCUCUUCAGUAAUAAGACCACGGCCAAGCAUCUGUACGAGCUGGGGUGUGAGUGGAACUACCGGGAGAAGCUGUGUUCCAAGGGCAGAAACAAGUGCAAGCGUGCCCAACAGCUCGGGGUGGGUCUGCUGCACGGGGCUGCCCUCACCUUUGUCAACGACAAGGAGCAGAAAUUUCAGGCGGUGUUUGAUGCGUGGGAGCGACACCAGCUCGGGGAGUCGGAGAAGGCGUUGCUGGCGAGCCUCAGGACAACACUGCGCAGACAGAAGAGGUCUCAGGGCUGCUCCCGCCUACACUUCAUUGACAAGAUACUGCUGCAAGGAUUGGAAAACACGCUGAGAGGACGACACUAAGGGAAAGAGGGCAGAAAGUGUAAUAAAGGCCUAUGAAAUACGUUGAGAAGAGGACACUUAGGGAGAAAUGGCUAGCAAAAAAACAAUAAAGGCUUGGAAAAUGUCAUACAAAGGAAGAAGAAAGAAGACAGCUUAAGAAAAUAAGAAGCCUGAGAGGAAGUUGUCUGCAAAAAACAAAUGCUUGGAAAAUGGCACAGAUGGUUGAAAAUAAAUAAUAAAGACUGGAAAAUGGUAUACAAAAGAAGAAGAAAGAAGGCUUGGAAAACAGAGAAGACGACACUGCGGGAACAAUAGCUAACAAGAAUAUUAGAGCCUUGAAAAAUGACAUAGAAAAGAAGAAGAAGAAAGAAGAAAGCUUUGGAAAUACACUAGAUAAAGGCCACUGAGGAAUGGAUGGCUAGCAAGAAUUCUACGAAGUUCGGGAAGGACAGUUAACUGAAAAAAAAUAUAUAUAUAUAUAUAUAUAUAUAUAUAUAUAUAUAUAUAUAUAUAUAUAUAUAUAUAUAUAUAUAUAUAUAUAUAUAUAUAUAUAUAUAUAUAUAUAUAUAUAUAAAGAUUUGAAAAACGGCAGGGAAAUUAAGGAGAAAGAAGAACUUUUGACCAAUGCGCUAGUUUAUGGACAAUGGGAGAUAGAUGGCAGAAAAAUUACUUGGAAGAUACACCAUGGAGUUAAAAGUUUAAAUUAAGACGUUGAGAGAUAGAUUGAAAAAAAAAAAAAAAAUAAAAAUAAAUAAAUAAA